UUAGACUGCUGCAGCCUGAGCCUUCACUGGGCUCAGCUCUUUAGAGCUGCCCAUCCCUCUGGCUGCGAGAAAGGACGCGCGCCCUGCGUAGGGCGAAGAAAAGAAGAAAAACUUGUCGGAGGGGUUUCGCCAGCCCACAUUAACCCCCUUCCCGCAAACCCAAACCUCCCGCCAGGGCCAUCCCAACACUGGGGAAAGUUCCUUGUGAGCCGACAGCCCUCUUGGAUUUGGAGGAGGCAGCCGCGCUGGCUGUGGAAUUAGAUCUAUUUUGAACCCAGUGGAGCAUAUCGCGGGGGCUCGGAAGUCACUGUCUGCGCGCACCCGGGUGGCGCUGCCUGUGCGGAACCGAGAGUUUGCGAGCCCCGGCUGCAAGUGGCCUUUCCUCCCCGCCGUUGGUGUCCUGUGUCUGGGGUGAGGGCUGCGAGUGUUGUGGCAAGUUGCGAAGAGAGACCCGGAGGUCCGGAGAGGACUGCACUCCCCCUCGCUCUCCCUUCCUCUUCCCAGCUCCCGAGUGUGAAAUCCCAUCGAAAUUUACAAAGGCCUCCAGGUUCAGCCAGACCGGUCCGCAGCGCUUGGCCCCAGCGUCCCCAUCGUCCCGAUUCCCACUCCGAGCCUCCAAGCACCCGGCGCCUGGGAAGGACUGGCGGGGAGGGGGAGGGAGGUCUCGGCGGCGGCAUGGCGAGGUUCCCGAGGGCAGACCUGGCCGCUGCAGGAGUUGUGUUACUUUGCCACUUUUUAAUGGACCGUUUUCAGUUCACUGAAGGGGAGCCUGGAAACCAAAUCAAUGAUUGGCAAUAUCAAGUUGCUCAGGUCUUCCCACAAACAGAACAGGAAGUUGAUGUGGACACGCAUGCAUUCAGCCACCGGUGGAAAAGGAGCUUGGAUUCCCUCAAGGCAGUAGACUCGAACCGAGCAAGCAUGGGCCAAGACUCCCCAGAGCCCAGAGGCUUCACAGACCUGCUACUGGAUGAUGGGCAGGACAACACCACCCAGAUUGAGGAGGACACAGAUCACAAUUACUAUAUAUCUCGGAUAUAUGGUCCCUCCGAUUCAGCCAGCCGGAAUUUGUGGGUGAACAUAGACCAGAUGGAAAAAGACAAAGUGAAGAUCCAUGGAAUUUUGUCCAAUACUCACCGGCAAGCUGCAAGAGUGAAUCUGUCCUUCGAUUUCCCAUUUUAUGGCCAUUUCCUACGUGAAAUCACUGUGGCAACUGGGGGUUUCAUAUACACUGGAGAAGUCGUACAUCGAAUGCUAACAGCCACACAGUACAUAGCACCUUUAAUGGCAAAUUUCGAUCCCAGUGUAUCCAGAAAUUCAACAGUCAGAUAUUUUGAUAAUGGCACAGCACUUGUUGUCCAGUGGGACCACGUACAUCUCCAGGAUAACUACAACCUGGGAAGCUUCACAUUCCAGGCAACCCUCCUCAUGGAUGGACGCAUCAUCUUUGGAUAUAAAGAAAUUCCCGUCUUGGUCACACAGAUAAGUUCGACCAAUCACCCAGUGAAAGUGGGACUGUCUGAUGCAUUUGUCGUUGUCCACAGGAUCCAACAAAUUCCCAAUGUCCGGAGAAGAACAAUUUAUGAAUACCACCGAGUAGAGCUACAAAUGUCAAAAAUUACCAAUAUUUCAGCUGUGGAGAUGACCCCAUUACCUACAUGUCUCCAGUUUAAUGGUUGUGGCCCCUGUGUAUCCUCUCAGAUUGGCUUCAACUGCAGUUGGUGUAGUAAACUUCAAAGAUGUUCCAGUGGAUUUGACCGCCAUCGGCAGGACUGGGUGGACAGUGGAUGCCCUGAAGAGUCAAAAGAGAAGAUGUGUGAGAACACAGAGCCAAUGGAAAGUUCUUCUCAAACCACCACAACUAUACAAGCAACAACCACAAAAUUCAGGGUCUUAACAACCACCAGAAGAGCAGCGACAUCCCAGCUGCCCACCAGUCUGCCCACAGAAGAUGAUACCAAGAUAGCACUACAUCUAAAAGAUAAUGGAGCUUUUACAGAUGACAGUGCAGCCGAGAAGAAAGGGGGAACCCUUCAUGCUGGCCUCAUUGUUGGAAUUCUCAUCCUGGUCCUCAUUAUAGUAGCCGCCAUUCUUGUGACAGUCUACAUGUAUCACCAUCCAACGUCAGCAGCCAGCAUUUUCUUCAUUGAGAAAAUAUACACCAGUUACUGUACAUUUCAUGGAUACCAACCCUCUUCCUCAUAAAAAAUAUGUAAAUGGGCCUUAGAUUUUAAAUGCAAUGUUUGUAGCGAAAAAUUGGAUAAAAUGGGAAUUAAAACUCUACAACUACAUCCUUAUAUGGAAUGCUAAGUGAAUGGGACAAAAGGGAAUAAAAUGACAAAAAUAAAGAGAAAUGUAGACAAGAGUCAAGAAACCUUGUGAUAAAGCAUAGCAGCACCUUAUAUAUUGUGCAAUUAAACAACAAUUAAAUUGCCGGUUCAUCCCCUGUGUCUUCAUAUACAGGAUCAAGUACAGAUUUUCAUUCUCCUAAGACAUUCAGUCUUUACUCAGUCUGGCAGAAUAGUCUAUUUUUCAUGAAUUUAUCUGUCAUCCUCUUCAGAUUUUAUCCUGAGCAUUUUCUUUUAUUUGUUUAUUUGUUUGUUUGUUUGUUUUUGGGGGGGGGCAGAGGGAGAGAGAGAGAGAGAGAGAGAGAGAGAGAGAGAGAAUCCCAAGCAGGCUCUGCACCAUCAGCACAGAGCCAAAUGUGAGGCUUGAGCCCACAAACAAUGAGAUCGUGACCUGAUCCUAAAUCGAGAAUUGGACACCCAACUGACUGAGCCACCCAGGUGCCCCUUCUUUAACGUUUUACCAGAUGGCUUUAAUUUUGUGUUUACCCAACUGACUUUUCUCAUGAAUUUUCAAAAAGAUACCUGAUUUUGACCCAAAUAAUAUUAUACAAGAAUAACCAACGUAUUUUAAAAUCUUUCUAAAAAUUAGAUUUAUUAUCUUGAAAUAAAAUAGCAGAGAACAAAUAUUCAAAUACUCACAUGCUCCUUAAAAUUUUGAUAGAUUUUAACAAAACCACUGUCUCUUUGGAAUAAUCAAAUACACCUUAGGUUCUACAUUACAUUUAAUGUUUGCUGAACAUUUCUAGGCAUAGAUUCUGUGUAAAUUUCAUUGUUUCAUGAAUAUGGGUUGCAGGGAUAAAUAUUUAUACUGCUGAAUACUAUUACAUAUCAUAAUUUAAGAUUUCUAAAUAAAAUGCAUAAAAUGUAAUCUAAUUGAAGGUCAAGAAAAUAAUAUUAGAAAGUGGUAAUGAAAUGGAAAAGAAUUCUUAUGAGAGGAUUCUUUGUGGACUAUAAAUAAAAUAAUUUAGACUAGCAAUCUUAAUGAAAGACUUUUUUUUUUUUAAUAUGAAAUUUGUUGUCAAAUUGGUUUCCAUACCCGUGAUUUCCAUACCAGUGUUUCCACUGGUAUGAAAAAAAUUUCAUACCAGGCUGCACCGGAAAAAAAAUUUUUGAAAAAAAAAAUUUUUUUUUAAGUUUAUUUAUUUUUGAAAGAGAGACAGAGUGUGAGUGGGCAAUGGGCAGAGAGAGAGGGAGACACAGAAUCUGAAGCAGGCUCCAGGCUCUGAGCUGUCAGCACAGAGCACGACAUAGGGCUCGAAGUCACGAACUGUGAGAUCAUGACCUGAGCCGAAGUGUGACGCUUAACCGACUGAGCCACCCAGGAGCAUCCCCCUGCCCCCCGGAAAAAAACAUUUUUUAAAGGAUAUAAUUCUUACCCUAAUGACUGGAGAAAAGACUGGAUGGACGGCUGAGCCGUCAGUGUGAAAGCCACUAGCCCUAUGUGACUGCUGAGCACUUGAAAUGUGGCCAGUCUAGAAUGAGAUGCAUAUAAAAUACCCACCAGUUUUUGAAAUUUGAGUACAUGAAAAGAGCACAUACUAGCUCAUUAAUUAUUUCCCUAUUAAUUACAUGUUUAACUGAAAAUAUCUUGGGUAUAUUGGGUCAAGUAAGAUAUAUUAUUAAAAUUAAUUUGGGGAGCAGUCCGAGAUAGCAGCGCAGGAAGAUCCUUAACUCACCCCCCUCCCACGCACACAUCAAAUCUGCAGCUACAUACUGAACAAUUCCCUAUGAAAAAGAGCUGAAAAACAGCGGAACAGCUCCUUCAUAACAAAUGAUUAAAAGGCCACAUGGAGACAGGUGGGAGACGCAGAGAGGCAGUCUCGCCAAAAGCCCCACCCGCACAUGGCAAUUCAGAGUCACGCGGGAUCUCACAAAUCCGGAGCUUCUUCCUGAGGAGUGAGGGGUUUCUGCCCCACAUCAGCCCCCCCACUCCCCAGUUCUUGUGAGCUGCACCACAGAGACCAACUCCCAAAAUGUCUAUCUUUGGAAAACAAUGGGGCUGCCAUCCAAGAGACCCAAAAGGUUGUAGGUACUAAGGUACUAAUUUUAAAGGGCUCAAGGGCAGAACGACCCUUCCCAGGGCCCAGCGCAGGAGCAGCAGUUUGAAAAGCAUCUAAACUAUAUGCGAAGGAGACUCAUCUGCUCAUCUUAUUAAUGCAUCUGCUGGAGAGGAAGGAGCCUCUGAGACUCUCUCCAGAAGUGGCAAGCACCAUUUGUGCACUCUCCCACUACCUCCUUGGUGCCAGUGGGGGUCCACAAUCCCUGCGCUCUCCCACUCCCCUGCAAAAGUGCGCAGGUAUGCCCCAGUCCCCGUCCCGUGCUUCACUCCUCCCGGAAGCCAGCAGGCAUGCACUUUGUUGCCACCCCACUAAAGCCGGUAGGCAUGCCCCACCCCUGCACUCUCCGGUGCAGCCUUAACAAAGAACUGGAAAAAUCAUUCGUGUGUGAAGAUUAAACAACAUGCCACUCUACAACCAAUGGGGGCGAUGAAGAAAGCAAAGGAGAAAUCAAAAAAAUACUGUGAGACAAAUGAAAACGGAAGUACAACAUACCAAAAUCUCUGGGCUGCAGCAAAACAGGUAUAAGAGGGAAAUUCUAGGUUCAUAGCGAAACAGGCCUAACACAAGACACAAGAAAAUGUUCGAAUAAACAGUCUAAUAUUACAUCUAAAGAAACUAGAAAAAGCAAAGCAAACAGAGCCUCAAGUUAGGAGGGAGGAAAUAACAAAGAUCAGAGCACAAAUAUGAAGGAGAGACUAAAAAGACAGUAGAAAAGAUCAAUAAGCUCGUUCUUUGACAAGAUAAAUAAAGCUGAUAAACCUUUAUCAUUUGAGAAAAAGAGAGAGAGGGCUCAAAUAAAUCAGAAAGAAAAGAAGAGAAUUCACAACUGACACACAGAAAUAAAAAGGAUCCUAAGAUAGUACUGUGAACAAUUAUAUGUGAGCUUAGAGGCAUAAAUAAAUUCCUAGAAACAUACAGUCUUCAAAGACUGAAUCAUGAAGUAAUAGAAACUCCGAAUAGACCAAUUACUAGUAAGGACAUUGAAUCAGUAAUCUAAACUCUCACAACAAGCAAAAGUCCAGGAUAAGACAACUUCACUGGUGAAUUCUACUAAAUAUUUAAAGAAGAUUUAAUACCUGUCCUUCUUAAACUCUUCCAAAAAACUGAAGGGGAGGGAAUGCUUCCAAACUCAUUUACAAGGCCAGCAUUACUGUGAUACCAGAAGCAGACGAAGACACCACAAGAAAAAAAAAAAAAAAAAAAAAAGAAAAGAAAACUGCAGGCCAGUACUCCAGUGAUCACUGAUGCGAAAAUCCUCAACAAAAUAUUAGCAAACCGAAUUCAACAAUAUGUUAAAAUAAUCGUGCACCAUGAAGUGGGAUUUGUUCCAGAGAUAUAGGAUAGUUCAACAUUUGCAAAUCAAUCAACAUUAUACACCACAUUAACAAAACAAAGGAUAAAAAUCCUAUCAUCUCAAGAGAUGCAGAAAAAGUAUUUGACAAAAUUCAACAUCUGUUUAUGAUAAAAACCCUCAAAAAAAGUGGCUAUCGAGGGAACAUCCUUCAAUAUAAUAAAGGACAUAUACGACAGGCCCAUAACUAACAUCAUAUUCUACGUGAAAAGCCAAAGCUUCACAGCUACAAUUAGGACCAAGAGAAGGAUGCCCAUUCUUGCCAUGUUUAUUCAACAUAGUAUUAAAAAUCCUAGCCAGACCAAUUAGGCAAUAAAAAGAAAUAAGAGGCAUACAAAUUGGAAAGGAAGAAGUAAAAUGGUCAGUAGUUGUAGAUGACAUGAUCUUAUAUAUAGAAAACCCUAAAGACUCCACCAAAAAAAGUUAGAACUAAUAAACAAAUUCAGGCAAGUUGCAGGAUACAAAAUCAAUACACAAAUAUAUGUCGUGUUCUUAUAUAUUAACAACAAACUCUCAAAAAGAGAAAUUAAGAAGACAGUGAGAUUUACAAUUGCAUCAAAAAGAAUAAAAGCCCUAAGAAUAAAUUUAACCAAUGAGGUGAAAGACCUAUAUGCUAAUAAUUAUAAGAUAUUGAUGAAUAAAUUGAAGAAGCCACAAAUAAAUGGAUCGGUACUCUGUGCUCAUGGAUUAAGAGAAUUCAUGCUGUUUAAAAGUCCAUAUUACCCAAAACAAUCUAGAGAUUCAAUGCAAUCCUUAUAUGAUGUCAAUUUUAAGGCAUUUUUCACAGAAAUAAAGCAAAUUUGUAUGGAAUUGCAAAAGACCCUGAACAGCCAAAGCAACUUAAGAAAGAAGAAUAAAGCUGGAAUCGUCACACUCCCUGAUUUGAAACUAUAUAACAUAGCUAUCAUAUCAAACACUGUGUUAUUGGCAAAAAAAAAAAAAAGAAAGAAA